AUGGCGAAGCCGGACUACGAUAAGCCCCCGUCGGCUAACACGAGGAAGGGUCAGAUUCCGCCGUCGUCAUCAAAGCCAAGUGACGCAAAGCCGAAGCCUUGGAAAAAGCUGACUUACCGCGAGCGCGCGCAAAAGGAGCGAGAGAAAGAGCGCGAGCGGGAGAAGAGAGCCAAACAAAAAGAAGCUGAACUGAUCAAGAAGGCCAAGGCGAAAGAGGCCGAGCUGCUGAAGAAGGCGAAAGAGGAAGAGGCUGCCAGGGCUGAGAAGGCGAAGCAAGCGAGGGAGAGGGCACGCCUGGCAAGGCUUGAUAAGGAGUAUAGGGAGGCUCAGCGGUUGAUUGAGAAAGAGGAGAGGAAGGCUGCAGAAGCUGCUGCGAAGGCAGAGAGGGAGAAGGCUGCGCAGCUAGCUGCUGAAGAAGAGAGAGAAAAAGCUGCCGAACUUGCUGCCGAACUGGAAAGGGAGACAGCUGCACGACUAGCAGCAGAAGCGGAGAAGGAGAAAGAAAACACGAAGGGCAAGCAAAUUGCUCCAGCAUCAUCCUCAGCCAUCUCGCGAGCCAGUUCGCCAGCAUCAACCGAAAACAUGACGAUUCCAGAUCCAGGUUGGUCCUUCUCUAGGAUCCCCUCCAACGGACCUGAAGUCUAUGACGUGGAUGCGGGCUCAGUGGUCAACCCCUCGAGCUCUGCGUCACAACAGAGGGACCUUGUCACCGAGCCCAACACUAAACGUCAGGCUACCCUCAAUGGCGACGAGGGUCCUUCCAGCCGCACGGCUAUGUCCAGGGCAUCUGAUAGUGUCUACAAGGUGCUUAAAGCGGAAAUCAAAGAUCUCAAGAAGCAGAACGAGACUCUUAACAGGAACCUUGCGGACCAAGAGAGAGCAAUCUCCAAGCUCCUGUCAGAAAGAACGAAGAACGAUGCCCAACACGAUGCGAAGCAAGCCAAAACUCGAGAAGAGAAAGCUACCCUUGAGCGGGUGUUGGUUGCGAAAGAGCAAGAGUUGAAGGGCCUCGUUCGAGGGCAUCUCGAUCAAGAGGAGGCCUGGAAACAGCAGAGCCAGGUGUGGAAGGACGACUAUGACUCAGUCUGCAAAGAACGAGAUGCGCUGAAGGAGGAAGCGAAGGAGGAAGUAAAGCAAGCGGAGGCUAAACGCGUGAUCCUCGAGGUGGAACGCGAUAUUGCGAGGACCGAUCUGAAUAAGAUGUACAAGGCCCACGACAUUGCCCAGGAACGUGCCGAGAAGGAAAAGCAAGCUCGAGAACGAAUCUCGAAUCAUCUCGAGAGAGCCAACUCCACCAUUGCAAAGCUGAAUGGGCAAUUGGAAGAGCUCGAGUCCAAGAUGGAAGAGCUAAAGAGCGCCAAGUUGCCGACUCCACCCUGCGAUAGUGAACCGGGAGACGCGCAGAAGCAGCUCCAGCAGGAACGAGACGCUAUCCGCGAGGAACGAGAGGCUGUCAAGAAAGAACGCGACAGCAUGAAGAUUGAGCGGGAUGCUGCGAAGACGAUGCUGGAUGCUUUGAGGGACCAACAAAAUGCCGACAAACGGACCCACCGCAACGAAGUGGUCGACUUGAAAGCACAGAUCAAGAAGCUCAGGGAGAGACGUGGAGAUGCCGAUGACUCCAGCUCUGAGAGCGACCCCGAAGACUCUUUGGUCAAGCCAGAUUUUAAGCAGAAGUACGAAGACCUCUUCGCCAAAUACAAGGUCCUCAUGGAGGAAACGGUGGAGGGGAGCAGCUUGAAGAGGAAGUACGACGAGAUGCAGACCUCAUCGGUGGAGACCGCAAAACAGCUCGAUGCUACUCAGACGAAGUGCAAGAACAUAUCCGAUACCUACAUCAAGGUCAACCGGAAGUACGGCAAGCUUCGAGCAGCAGUGGCUGAUGUCGGCCAAAUGUUUGGAGGAAUGACUGGGGAUGACUUCGGUAAUGCGGGUCGUGCGAUCAAGAGGCUUAAGCGUGAACUUCUUGAGAUCGAUGAUCCGCCGACUCAGAGUGAGUGAUAGGAG